UCAAUUAGUCAUUUUCCUAAAAGAAGAAGGAGUCAAGGAGUGAGGCAGAAGAGAGAAUAUAAGUUUUCAGUAGUGGGAGAUUCCUCCAGUGAGGUUACAGUGAUCUCUCUGCUGGGAGUCAGACCCCCAGGAUCCAGGACCAUGGAGCCCUCCAUUUCAACCGAGGUCGAGGGGGAGCACAGAGAGAGAAAGAAGAUACACUUUGCUGUGCCGACAUCUGCACCCACCAAUCUGGACCCUCGGCAAGUGGAGAUGAUCCGGCGCAGGAGGCCUACACCUGCCACGCUGUUUAGAGUAGCGGACCAGUCAUCUCCUGAAGAUGAUCAGUCCACCCAUCAGGUAAAGUGGGUCGUUGGAGAGAACGGAGUGCUCAAACCGAAACGUGUCAAUCCAAACGUGUAUCAGCCUCCGUCACUCAAAGCUGUGCAGAAGAUGGCUGAAGCACAUAUGCAGAAGCUUGGAGUCUACGUUCCUCUAGAAGACCCCUGUGAAGGGGAGGAGGAGGAGGAGGGUCACUGGGAGGGAGAGGAAGGAGAGGACACAUCUCUUACCAAAGAUCACCAAGAGACAGCGACCACUGAGCAGUCAGACAAGUUUCCCUGCAUGAGAGAGUCGGUCAAGCAGAUCCAAGCAGCACAGGAGGAAGAGGAGGAGGAGGAGGAAGAUGAGGAGCAGGACAAAGCUGAGGGAACAACAGAAGAGAACAACUGGGGGAGUAACUGAGAGAUAGAGCAAGGCAAAUACAAAAGUAACGAUGAGUGAUGGGUCGAAUGAAUGAUAGAGAGUUCCAUGAAAUCAGAGAUGAGCAACUUCACCUCACCUACUUCACCUCUAAAAGGCCAGGUGGAUUAAAGAGAGGACAGAGAGGGAGUUUAUGUAUUAGAAUUCCACCCAUAUGAGGAGGUGAGGAAUGAUCUAAUGACAGAGCAGACUAUGGAUGCCACUUUGGUCCUAAUGUCCCUUUAUGAUGUUUAUAAUGAAAGUGGAGGGGCCAAGGUCAGCAUGACCAAAUGCGCUAUAGGUCCUACUUCUGCUUUUAAUACAGUGCUACAGGUUCCUCUAAAGAAGGUAAUAAUUACCACAUUAAACACAAAACACAUAUAUAAACUAUUUUGGGCACACUUUUAGCAAAGGCUUUUUCUUAUCUUUCCAUGCAUUUUAAGGUCUUUAAAUGAGUGUGUUACUGUAUAUGUACACUUUAUUUUUCGUUGAUUUUCUACCGCUUAGUCCCUGAACGGGGUCCACUUUAUUUUAUUUUUCUCAUUCUGAUUUGUAGCAAACUUAGUGUUUAGCCCUGUAAUUAAAUGAGCAUGUACUGCCAUCUUGUGGCAUAAAGUAGGAAUGACAGGUUUAAAGUGGUACUCCAGCCAACGUCUAUCUUGUUUCAAGCACUUAAAGUUAUAUUCCUUAAAAUUUCCAUGGAAUAAAAUGGAGUUUUAAGGUUGCUUUGGCUUUACAUUUUUCUCAUCUAUAGCUGCUCAGUGUAUUCAGAUUCUGCAAUUACCUCUCUAUCACUGUUAGUGGUCGAGUCCGCCAUUUUCGCAAGGGAUUGACAGGAAACAGCAAUACUGUCAUUAAAUUUAUCACACUGAUAUCACCCUGACUGUUUCAUCAAAGUUGUAUAAAGUUAACACAUACUGUAAAGCUAAAACAACUUUAACCUUUUGAAAGCUGGAUACUGAUCAUUUUAUUGAUCAAAUCGAACAGUUGAUGUGUUUGACCUUUAUUCAGGUCAGGUACAAUUUUUCAAGGAGUAAAAGUGACAGAAACUUUCUUAAACUAUUUCUUUAUUGUUAUAUUUACUUCUGUUAUGGCCAUCUACUGUAUAUACAUAACAGUACUGUCCAGUCAACAUCCUGUCCAGAGUCAGCAGGUCUAUAAUAAAGAGAUAGAUGCUAAAACAUAUUUGGUGGGGAGUAUCACUUUAGGUAUGACCUAUAACCAAAAGCAUUAAAAUGGCUAUAAUUGUGUUAAAUCCAUGAUCAACUGUGUGUGUGGGUGUGUGGUUAUUUAGUAGCAAACUUUUCAUAUUUGAGUGUUUUAGAAAUGUAUUUGUAAAGCUCAAAGCUACCUCUAAUUUGUUUUAAAUACAAAAACCAACAAUUGUUUCCAAGGAAAGCCAUGAGUGAACUUAGUUCGUUUUGAAGUGAAACACUUUUAAGGAAUCAAAAUGCAAUUUACAAUUUUUCCCAGUACUGUUGACUCUUUUGGGAUUUCUCAGCACUCACCGAUUCCCUUUUGUAUUUAAACGAGUUGAGCUUUUUAAUCAUACACCCAUUAUGUCUAUGCCAUAGAUCUGUUAAUGUCUAUGCCAUAGAUCUGUUAUAAGAGCUGUUUUCCUAAUCUUAUGUCCAGUGUGUGAGUAGAUUAGCUUUGCUGUAUUUCUACUGUUUUUAUCCAGGUACUCAGAAGACUCACAGGCCUGCACAUAAAAUGCACCUCAGAAAACCUAAAACCAGACACUGUAGUUAUAAGACAGCAUAACUGAUAUCACAAAAUGGUCACUGCACUAACUUUCUGAAUUAUUUUUACCAUAUACAUUCACAUGGUCUCUCUUUUCAAAGAAAAUAGUCAGCAACAACUUUAAAUGUUUUUAUGCGCCAUUUGUCUAAUUAAAGUUCCAAUUUAAUUGAAAGUACUGGUUCUGAUGUAUAGACAUUUUCCAGUUGUACCACAACUAGAAAACUUGCUGUUUGUAUCAUCAUGGUGGCUGUAUAUAUAAAUAACCUGCCUAAAUUGUGAAAUGAGUGGAUGAGCAGGUUGUAUGAUAAUGCUCCGCAGCCCUCUGUCGCACUGUCCACCUCCCCUCUCCUCAAAAGAAAAAAAAAAAACAGUGGACAGACAUGUAUGAACUUAAUUUUUUUCAGUCUUGACUAUAAUCUUUUUUCCUAUUAUUUUGUUUCUCAGUGUGGUGUGGUUGUUUUAAACUGAUAUGAUAUCAUAUGAUAUCAAAAUA